GCUUUGUGUCCUCGUAGACUUGAGAAGUUGGGGAAGCCUGGGCUUUGUGGAGAGCUGUCCAGUGGGUAGGAGACACUGCUCAGCUUCUGAAUCUCUGAUAGUCAGAGACAGGGAGAAAAACUCUGGGACAGUGACAACCUUGAAAGGAAUUGCUGUAACCAUGGAAAGACCCUGACAUUUGUAUUUUCUGCAUAAACGUGUUUCCUCUCCUGCUGUUCAGGUUUCAAGGGUCCUUUAGAAAUGAUUGUAGAGAACAGUUACUUCUGUCCUCCCAUAUGAAAAGUUUUCUGUUUAGCAACCCUCAUCAGCAUUUUAAAACAUGCUGGCAUGAGAGGCUGGGAAUUUUUCUUAUAAGUUACUACAAGUAUUUAGGUCAAACUCUAAUUAAUCAUUCUGUAUAAGUCUGCGCUUUUUUUCACUGCACUAAUUAUGAUGAAGACACAGAAAAAGGUUAAAGACCUUUUGUACUGUUACAGUCCAGAUAAGUGAUCUUCCACACAGUUUUAGAACAGCUGAAAUACAAAAAGGAAGAAACCGACAAAAAAGUAGUUAUUUCUGUCUCAUUUCAUCACUCUAAAAUUCUUUUCUCCCUCCUCUAAUCUGUGUUUUGCCCUUACAAGACUGUGUGAAGCAGCUUAUAUUUUUGUUCGGUUUUGCAAAGGUGUUUAUCUCAUUUUUUCAGCUAAAAGUCCUACUAAAGAUCAAGAGCAUAGACUGAGUUUGACUAAAGGAACUUUGCCACAGUGAGUAUAGUAGGCGCAAAGUGUUAAAACUCGGCAGGACAAUUAGCACGCAACUUUAAAAUGUCUUGAUUAGUUUUCAUGGUAGGAAGUACUUUGCAGUUCAAGUUAAGCAUGGAGAUGGUAAGAUUUUGUUUAAUGUUCUCAGUGUUUUACAGCCACAGUCUACUUUUCUCCUCCCACAUUGUAAAUGCAAGUGAAUCCGCUUACAACCUGCUUGGAGUGAGAAUUAAGUCUAAUUACAGUAUCUCACAUUGCCAUCACUUUGUAGAGGCAGGUUAGUACAGAACAGUAAAGGAGGGAAGAGAAACUGGAGCAAGAAAUUUGUCUGAAGAUCUCAAGGAGCUUUACUAACAUUCAGUUCCAAACCACAGCCCAAGCACAACCCAAUUUUCAUUUCAUUAUUGCUGAUGGAGACAUUAUUUCACUAACCCACAGCAUUCUCCCAUUCUCCUUAGGCCCUGCAGGUGCCUGUCUGUGUUACAGAAUACCAAAUCAUAGCAUAAUCAUGUUAUAUGCUGCUCUAGGAGAUUGGGCCUGUGCCUAGUUAAAAGUUAAUAUUGCCUUAAUAUAUUAAGUGGGAACUUUCUACAAUACAAACCACAGCUUAAAGAGGUAGCUACUGUUACAUUUGUGUUUCCAGGACUUUGAAAACAGCCUGAGGACAUAGGGCAUAGAAAAGUUUCCUGAAUCACAAAUUGAACAUGAUGUAACAAAACCAUCCUGUUGCAAAAAAAAAAAAAAAAAAAAAGAAAAAUGGCUCACAGCAUUCUGAACUCUGUAAGCAGGUAAAGCAAUUUAUUAAUCAGUGCUUGGCAUUGGCAAGGCCUCACAUGGAGACAAAGAGUGAGCCAGCAGGGGUUUCUUAGCUGAGAGAAAAGUGGGAGCAGAGGCAUAACUCUUUAAAUACAUAAGAUAGUUGCAAAACAUAAGGGAAUAACCUAUUUUCCACGUUCAUUGCCAGCAGGAAAAGAAGUGACAGGUUUACAUUAGGGUACAACUAAGUCAGUUUAGAGUAGGGAAUACCUGUGAACAGUAAAGGACAGCAAAGCACUGAAAUAGAGCGUUUGAGGAAAUGUUAGGAAGCUGUCAAUGGAAGUCUUUGAGAACAGGUUCAACAAACAUCUGUCAGGAAUAACAGAGAUACAGCUGAUAUGACUGACAGCAAAGGAACUAGUUCAUCUCUGGAACCCUGCCCUGUGUUUGAAGGAAUCUCUGAAUCAAAAAAAUAAUUGCUCUGCUAAGACUUCCUGAAGGUUUUCUAAGUUACAGCUGUGAGGAUCAUCUCUGUUUUGAACCCAUCUGUGGAAAUCACUGUUUGUUGGAACUUAACACAGGCAGCAGUGGUGGGACUGGCUCCCACCUCCGUACCUACGGUCUCACAUGGAAUCUCAUUUACUGUAGUGGAUCUCCAAAUCUGUUCAAAACUGGGUUUCAAUUACCUCUGUGUUAUGGUAACUCUUUGUGCAUUGGAACUCUAAGGGAAAAAAACCAGUAAAACUACUCCAUCAAGACAUAUGGGAUAGUGGGGAGUGGAUGUCCUUCCAAUUCCAAUAAACAAAAGAAAAAUCCAUCGUGGCAUGCUGUGAUACAAUAGAGGACUUGAUUUAUUUACCAGAUGAAUAGAUAACAUGAAUAAUGAGCUGAUAAUCAGUAAAAAAAGGAAAAAAUAGCAAAAGAAAAACUUCUUUCAAAGUGUUUACUGACUUAGCAGCCUACCAGUCUUAUCUCCCUUCCUCAGCCCUGUUUUCUGAAUCAGCAGUAGUUAAAUUUUCCAGCAACCCCUACAUGAAAGGGAGUGUAAAGGGUGACUGGGGAUUUCCGGUGAGUGACCUCGCCUUUGAGUGGGACAGUCAAUGCUUUUGCUCUGACAUUCUUUCUAUGAAGCAGAGCAGUGACAGCUGAAGUUGCUUUCCAGAAGUCAUCUCAACAGAGCUCUGGCAGUAUCCAAUACCUUAAUUUUCUCAGCACAGAAGACAAACCACCUUGAAUUCUCUAAUUUCCUGAAUUUUUCAAGUUGGUGACAAUGGCAACUAAAUUUGGAGUUACCUCAGCAGUGUUUUUCAUCUGGGUGAUGACAUUCAUGGCUCAAAAUUACUUUGUAACAGGUUCCACUCAUUCACCUUGCAGGAUCACAGGUGUAGGACUCUAUCUUGAGAAGAAAGUGAAUUUCUCAGAAGCAAGUAAUGCAUGUAAUCAACUGAAUCUACAAUUGGCAAGUAAAGACCAAGUUGAAAAUGCUUUGAAACAUGAGUUUCAAACAUGCAGCUUUGGAUGGGUGAAAGAUGGAUUUGUUGUUAUUCCUCGGACAACACCCAACAACAAAUGUGGUAAGGGCAAAACUGGACUAGUGCGAUGGAAUGCUGACCUCCUUCAAACAUUUCAUGUUUACUGCUUCAAUUCCUCAGAUGUCCAGAUUAAUUCAUGUAAACCAGACCCAACUACAGCAACAUUUCCUUCAUCAAGUGCAUCGACGGACUCGACUGCACAUUCAGCCUCUGAUUUCACUGAGAACAUCACAGCAGUGCCCACUGGGACUGAGCCAGAGCAAUUCCCGAAAAACAGAAGGUUUCGUGUCAUCUGUGUAACUGAAACGUUACCCACAGAGGGGCCCACCACAGCACUGCCAGAGGAAUCCUCUGCGACUGCCUCUCCCAGCCACACUGCCCGGUCUGCCUUCAAGAACGACUCUGUCAUCUUUGGAGGUAUCCCCACUGCACUUCUUGUCCUGGCAAUCAUCUUCUUCAUUAUUUCAGUUGUUCUAGCAGUCUGUUAUAUCAAAAAGUACAAGAAAACCUUCCCAUUUUUAAACAAGACUCAGGAAAAAGAAAUGGUUGGAACUGUUGCUCUCAAAGAGGCAAAGUUAAAUGACAAAACACCUGAGAAGGAAGCACAGACUAAUGGAAAUAAGGUAGAAGAGUCUAAAACUAAGUCUGAGGCCACAGUAAAAUGUCUAGAAGCAGAAGUUUAAAGCAAAGAAUGUACAAUUCCUGAUGGAAAUAUAAAAUUAAGCACACAGAACUUUGCAAUGCUUUUAAACUUGGCUGAUUGUGAAUACUCAUGACUAUUUUCUCUAUCUUAACAUAUGAAACCUUGUUUUUUAAUAAUUACAUCUUUGUCUGCAAAUAUUCUUGAAGGAGAACAUGGUAUCUUAUUUACUUGAAAUAAAUAAAAAAUCCAUAUUACAGCUCAUUUUUCAUCUAUAAUAAAGAAGUAAUUAGGAAUAUGCUAUUAAUGACAUGCACUGUGUUAACUAUUUGCAUUGAAUUCAGAUCAAUAUAUCAUUAAAAGUUUUUAUAUCCAGCUGGAGGAUGUCUGCUAACUUAAUGUCUAAUAUAAAAUGAUGAUACUGUAGUUAUUCCUCAUGUAGAUCAGCUUAUUUCCAUCCAGUAGUUGCACACUGUUUUAAAAAAAGUCUGUUUACAAACAGAAGAAAUAGUUCUGUUUACAAGUGCGUGAAAAACCAAAGGACUAACCCACUGUCAUUCAAAUACCCAAGAAAGGGUACAAAGAUGCUGAUGUCUAUAUAUACAGCAAAGAAUAACUUUCUUAGACACCUUCAUCCUAUCAUAAUUUUAUUUAUUAAAACCAGUAUCAUCUUCUGCAUCAGAGAUAUUGACAGGGGUGGGGGAAAAAGCCUUGAUCUGUAUCUCAACACUUAUAUUUGAGAUAUUUUGUGUAUAUUUAAGUGUGGGUUUCAUAAUAAGGGUCUCAGGUGGUA